AUGGCUAACAAGGGAGAUGACUGCUAUUUCUUCUUGAACGCCACUUGCGCUAAGGUAGGGGCCAUAAGAAAUAGUGGCUCAGGUAUUCACGGCAGUGUUUUUUUCUAUUGUAUUUUCUCUGUAUUAACUUACUUGUGUCUGUAUCUCCUGGGCAGGGUGACAGCUGCCCCUUCAGACACUGUGAAGCCGCCAGCGGUUGUGAGGUUGUCUGCUGCCUGUGGCAGGAGAACAGAUGCUUCCGACAGGUCUGCAAGUUCCGCCACGUGCUGAUCAAGGUAAGGAUCUCUCUCUCUCUCUCAUUAUUUCCUUCAGUAUUCAUCAUUGCCUUAGUAAUCCCAAACAAAUAAGUAUUUGAAGAAUAUCCCCUUAAAGCUUUGCCUACUUGAGGCUGUGUGUUAUAUAUUAUAGAGGGGUAGAGAAAGCCCCUGUCUUAAAACCUGGGUCAGGGGCUGUAUUCCUGCCUCUGGAUCUUUUGGGAGUGACAUUUUGGGCUGUUUUGUCAUCCAUCCAAAUUCUCAGAUUUCAAGCCUGGAUUUUGAGUCUUUAUCAUAGAAAGCAAAGUGAGCUUUCACAGUGUUGCUACUUGUUCUGACCUGUCCACUCCUACCUUUCACCUCUUGUAGAAAAACAGGAAGAAGAUCGCUUGUUACUUUGAGAACCAGCCUGCUGGCUGCCAGAAGCCUCACUGUGCCUUCCACCAUGAGAAACCACGCAUCAUAAAUGGCCUAUACGUGCCGUCCAACAAAAGUGAGCAGUCACUCUGAAGAGACAGAUUCUGACCAAGCCACUGUUAACUUACUGAUCUUCAUUUCCUCAGCAUCACAUGGCGAUUAAACACAACAUGUAUCAGCAGAUAUACCAGCAGAUACACAUUCAGGAUUGAGAUAAAUAACAUAUUUGGGCUGAUUUAUGAACCUUUAUCAGAACCAGAGUUUAUCAGUAGUUUUUGUCACUCAGGUUUGGCCCUGAAAGAAGAGGAGGAGCCUCAUGAGGAUCCUAGCCCUCUUGUCUCCACCCCCAUCCCCAGCCCAGCCAAUCCCCAGAUCCAUGGGGUCAUCAACCCAUCAGAUGAUGAAGAUGAGGAAGAACAUGGUAAGAAAUAGAUUGUUCUUAUGUCUUUACCAACACUUUCAUUCCUGUGUAGUGUAGUUACUGACAAGUCAAGUUUAUUUAAAGUGCAAUUUAUAAAGGUCACAACACUUUACACGACUAAAAAGGAAGACCAAAUAAUGUACAAAGAAAGAUAAUAUAAACAACAACAAAAAGCAAUAUAAAAAUUGAGGAGCAAAUAGUCUGUAGGGCAGGAAGGAGCUGGAAAGUGGAAAGAUGCCCAGCUCAAAAAUUCCCAGCGAAAACACACCCAGUCCAAAGAUACCCCGUGCAAAGAUACCCACAAUGGAGACACAAUAGAGCAGAACUUCAAGGUAUUUAAGCACUAGUCUAACAUUUUAAAGGAAGAAAAAAGGAUAUUGAUAUUGUUUGGAAAUACAAAGUAUUCAGACCCCUUCACUCCCCCCCCCCCCCCCCCCCUCAUCAAUCUACACACAAUACCCCAUAAUGACAAAGCAAAAACAGGUUUUUAUACAUUUUUACUAAUUUAUUACAAAUUAAAAACGGAAAUAUGACAUUUAUAUAAGUAUUCAGACCCUUUACUCAGUACCUUGUUGAAGCACCUUUGGCAGCAUUACAGCAUUGAGUCUUCUUGGGUAUGACGCUACAAGCUUGGCACACCUAUAUUUGGGGAGUUUCUCCCAUUCUUCUCUGCAGAUCCUCUCAAACUCUGUCAGGUUGGAUGGGGAACAUUGCUGCACAGCUAUGUUCAAGUCUCUCCAGAGAUGUUCGAUUUGAUUCAAGUCCAGGCUCUGGCUGGGCCACUCAAGGACAUUCAGAAACUUGUCCCGAAGCCCCUCCUGUGUUGUCUUGGCUGUGUGCUUAGGGUCUUUGUCCUGUUGGAAGGUGAAACUUUGCCCCAGUCUGAGGUCCUGAGCGCUCUGGAGCAGGUUUUCAUCAAGGAUCUCUCUGUACUUUGUGCCAUUCAUCUUUGCCUCGAUCCUGACUAGUCUCCCAGUCCCUGCCGCUGAAAAACCUCCCCACAGCAUGGUGCUGCCACCACCAUGCUUCACCGUAGGGAUGGUGCCAGGUUUCCUCCAGACGUGACACUUGGCAUUCGGGCCAAAAAGUUCAAUCUUGGUUUCAUCAGACCAGAGAAUCUUGUUUCUCAUGGUCUGAGAGUCUUUAGGUGCCUUUUGGCAAACUCCAAACGAGCUGUCAUGUGCCUUUUACUGAGGAAUUGCUUCCAUCUGGCCACUGUACCAUAAAAGCUUGAUUGGUGGAGUGCUGCAGAGAUGGUUGUCCUUCUGGAAGGUUCUCCCAUCUCCACAGAGGAACACUAGAGCUCUGUCAAAGUGACCAUCAGGUUCUUGGUCACCUCCCUGACCAAGGCCCUUCUCCCCCGAUUGCUCAGUUGGGCCGGGUGGUCAGCUCUAGGAAGAGUCUUGGAGGUUCCAAACUUCUUCCAUUUAAGAGUGAUGGAGGCCACUGUGUUCUUGGGGAUCUUCAAUGCUGCCCAAAAAAUGUUGCUACACUUCCCCAGAUCUGUGCCUCGACACAUUCCUGUCUCGGAGCUCUAUGGACAAUUCCUUCGACCACAUGGCUUGGUUUUUGCUCUGACAUGCGCUGUCAACAGUGGUACCUUAUAUAGAGAGGUGUGUGCCUUCCAAAUCAUGUCCAAUCAAUUGAAUUUACCACAGGUAGACUCCAAUCAAGUUGUAGAAAGGAUGAUCAAUGGAAACAGGAUGCACCUGAGCUCAAUUUCGAGUCUCAUGGCAAAGGGUCUGAAUACUUAUGUAAAUAAGGUAUUUCUGUUUUUGAUUUUUAAUAAAUUUGCAAAAUUGUCUAAAAACAUGUUUUCACUUCGUCAUUAUGGGGUAUUGUGUUUAGAUUGCUGAGAAUUUGUAUUUAUUUAAUCCACUAUAGAAUAAAACGGUAACGUAACAAUAUGUGGAAAAAGUCAACGGGUCUGAAUACUUUCCGAAGGCACUGUACCUUCCUCCAAGAGGGGUUCCUGUAUGUUUGUGUGUGUGCAGAUCAGUUCUCAGAGGGGGAGGACAACGGGUCCAGCUCAGACGGAUCCAGAGUAGUCUCUCCCAGGAAGAUAGCCAUGGCCUCCAGCUCAGGUAAGAGGACAUAGAAACACAACACAUCCACAAGGCCUGGACUCAAACUUGAGCUGACCACUUUUGUCUUUUAGUGUGUCAGUGGCAAAGCAGGGUUGUAUUUGAAAGCCCUUAGAACAAUCCCAAUGCAGUACUUACCUACUUUAUUUGCAUGCUGUAUGUGAUUAUCGUGUGAGUUGGACAACUGUGCUUGUCUCUCAGGUUAUACAAUUCCUGGCCAGGCCUCAGACCAGAGAAACAACGGAGCCAGUGGAGAGAAGGAGAUCAUGAGAUCCUUCAUCCAUCCAUCUCUCUUCACAGCUAAGGAUGGUAAGAAUCGUUGAACACUGAUCUAGCUGAGCCUUGUUGUGUAUAACAAAAAAUUAGUUUAAGUGAAUCCCACAAGUAUAUGAAUACAUACUUGCUACAUGUCAUGUACAGUAUUGUAAUUUGUUAAAAUACACUUUCAGAAAAAAAGGGGCUCUCUAGAACCUAAAAACGUUAUUCGGCUGUCCCCAUAGGAGAACCCUUUGAAGAACCCUUUUUGGUUCCAGGUAGAACCCUUUAUACAAAGGUUUCUACAUGGAACCAAAAAUAGUUCUACCUAGAACCAAAAAGGGUUCUACCUGGAACCAAAAAGGGGACAGCUGAAGAACACUUUUGGAACCCUUUUUUCUAAGAGCAUAAUGCUUGCUGCCUACUCAGACACUGUGGUGUUUGGUGAAGAGACCGGGAGACACAACGUUGCGGACAUGCUGGGGAAAAUAAUAGUCAAAGGUACAUUUGAAACUUCUGGAAACCCCAGUUUUGGUCAAAGAAGGAAGAUGAGGAAAGAGCUCAUAUUAGCUAGGAAUCACUAAGAAAAUGUAAGGACAACACUGCCAGUCAAUGUAGCUACACAACAGUGUUUGGUACCAUUCCAUUGAUUCCAUUCCAGCCAUUACAAUGAGCCCGUCCUCCUAUAGCUCCUCCCACCAGCCUCCUCUGCUACAAAACUGUUGUCAUUGGUUGUAUUGCCACUCAUCAACACACUUGACCUUUCAUGACUUCUGACCUUUUAGAAGUUCCUGCCGGGGGUGACCUGUCAAUGAAACGCUAUCUGGCCGAGCACUUCGGGAGGAAAAUGGGCGAGGAUGAAACAGAACAUCCCCCUCAGAAAGGUGAGAAAGGUAGAACGACAGCAAUAUUUCCACAGUGGAUGAAUUACCUCAGACGUUCAGGAAUACUAUUUCUCAUGGGGAGCACCCUCUCCCUUCAGUCCCUGACACAAUCACCUCCACCAAGGCCCCAAAGAGAAGCAUCACUGCCAAACCUGCAACCAGUCUCCAUGUGAAGACCUUCUCAGAGAUCCUCCACGCCAAGAGGAAGCUGGAGGAGGACCUGCAGCAGGGCCAGGGCCCCAGCCUUAGGAAGGCCAACCAGCAGGCUGUGGAAGCAGCUCCAGGUAACUCCCAGGCCUGCGGACCCACCCACCCAGCCAUGCCCAUGCGGGUGGCCCCUCCUGUCAGAGGAGUGAAGGUGAAAACCCUGGAGGAGAUCCGCAGUGCGAAGGCAGCCAGGAUGCAGGACCAGGGACAGGAGGCAUCCAAUGGGAAAAGGCCAGGCUCUGCCUCUGGAGAGGGAGGCGCCAAGAAGCCCUGCAUACUGCACAUCAACAAACCAGCUUCUCCUGGUAAUCUUUGCUCUAUGGACAAAAACAAAUUAAUUUUAUAUGUGCUUCUAAUUGUUCAUAGCAAUUUACAUUGUAAGGUGUCCAGACCACUAGCUGUAGUUUUUUGUAUAAUUGUAAGACUUACACACAUAUUUUUUCCCCCCUGGCAGCUGCUAGCACUACCACCCAGAAGAUAUCUGAGGUGACAGAGAAGCCAGCUGAGUCUGCUGCUGUUGCUACUGAGGUAAGACUGCCAUACCUCCUAUCAUGUGUCCUUCUGUCUGAAUAGUUUAGAUCCAAAUAAGUAGUUCUGCUUUGAAUGUUUGGUUAAUUACUGAAUAUCUCUGUGGUCCUGUUGUCUUUAGGCCAGCCCUGCUAACGGUAGGAGCGAUACUGUGUCUGGUGCCAGCCUGAAGGUGAAGACCUUCGAGGAGAGCAUGCGUGAGAAGAGGCUGAAGGCUGCAGGAAGAGCAGGCCUCAGAGGGUUCCGCCAAGGCCGAAUCUGCCCAGACACAGGCCGCAGACUCCGCCCUCCAGAGGGAGAAGAGUAUGACCUCCAUCAUAAUGAGGGUCAUCCCCUCUGCCACCUCCUCACCCCACACCAUCACCCUGGAGGUACUCGCCCAGGCACCCAAGGCACCCCUUUGCCAGCGCAUCACUCUCAAACCCAAGGCAGCCUCCCAUGUACUCUGUGCCACUGCCUUUCCCCAGCAGGGGUCUCCGCUGAAGCAGGCUGAGGCAGACCCCCACUCCCUCAGCUCCAGGAGCUCCAGCGCUGCCCCAGGUAAGAGGAAGAGAGGCUCCCCGGGAGGUGCCAGUCCCCCCAAGCAGGCUGCCUUAGCAGCAGCAACAGACUCCCCUGGACGCUCUGUGGAUGAGGAUCUGGUUGAGAAGGCUCAAGAUGGAUCCCAGAAGAAAUCUCCUGGGCAAGCUACUGAAGGUACAGUACAUGUCUGCAGAGAAAAGGCUCUCAAAGCUCUCUCACUUGUUUAACAAUCCUGUUUUAUGCUAACAGUCCCAAACAUCAGAACAGAGCAGGUCCCUGGUCUUGGAAUUCCCUCCAAGCCAACCUGGUGUCCCUAGAGAGUUCAAAUGACAAAUAGAUGAGCAGGUUAUUGAGGCAUGUAGGCCUAGUUGUUUAUAGUUGUCCCCUGCGAUGUCACUGGUCAGCAUUGCCUAAUGUAAGAAAGCAUGUUGUUUAUUUGAAUUAUGUCUUAUACUGUAAUGGCCCUGUGAUUUAUUGCAAGCUCUAAUAAUGCUUGACGUAUUGCACUCUGAUGUAUUUCUUGUUUCGUGUACAUUACUGAUUGAUGUCAUGUCUGGUUGAUGACAUGUGCCUGUUUGUCUGAAACGUAUGUGUUGAUGCUACUGUCUUGGUCCAGGUGUCUUUUAA